AUGACAAUUACCGCAGCUGCACCAACUAGAAAUAGCAUUCUGUCCCUCUAUCGGGAGUUCCUCAGAAACUCAAAACAACUAAACAACUAUAACUUUAGGGAAUAUUUCCUUAGAAGAUCAAAGCAUACAUUUCGCGAAUUAGCACAAAAAGAAGAUAAAGUGAAUAUUAAAGAACAAUUUGAACAACUCCAGCGAGAGCUUGCGGUUUUAAAGAGACAAAGAACGAUUUCCCAAAUGUAUACUUUUGAUAAGCUGGUUGUGGAAAGAGUUGAUCACGGGAAACAUUAA